UCGGAGGAGCCAACUCUCCUUUCCCUCACCCACGUAGUUCUUCUAGCCACUUCUGAUGUACAUGAUCCUGCGAUAAACCCCUAAGGACACCACCAGUGACAAUGUCGUCAUUACCACCGAUACCUCAGAUGCCGAAUCCAUUUGCGCCGUUUUUCGUUACUGAUGUUUUCACGUAUAAGACGUUUCAGGACACACCGAUUCAAACUGAUGUCCAUGUUCCGAAGGACAUCGAACCUGGUGAAAAUCUACCCAUGCUUCUGCUCAUGCAUGGCGGGAGUCUGAUUGCCGGCCACCGAAGGAUGUGGCCGUUGCUCUGUGGACCGUGGCUGGCUACCUUUGCCGCCAAGCACAAGGCGAUCGUGGUCGUACCCGACUACCGCUUGGCGCCAGAGACGAAGACGCCAGAGAUUCUAGCAGACCUUGUAUCUUUCUGGGAAUGGGUUCACGGAGUCUUCCCUUCACUGCUCAAGGGGAAGCGCAGUGUUACUCCUGACCUGUCCAAGCUAGCCAUUCGUGGUGAGAGUGCAGGAGGGUGGUGCGCGCUGCACUUGUCAUUGCUCUAUCCACAAGAGAUCCGAACCUCUAUUCUGGCAUGGCCUAUGGUCGACACUGAGAGUGACUGGUACAAGGUCGGUAGUGGCAAUAGUAUUAUGAUGGGCAUGCCGCCUUUCCCUAAAGAUCAGACCGAGAAGUACUUGGCCAGCAUGAACAUGAAUGCAGUGACAACCCAAGGAGGAUACGACCGUUUUCCCAUCGCAAUAGGUGGUAUGCAGAAUGGAUUCGCACACAUCAUCUGGGGGAAGGGCGAAGAGACGUUCGUGCUUCGAGCACUGGAAAGAGGAUGCGCCAAGUUACCGAAAUUUGUGUGGAUAUCGCAUGGAAAAGAUGACACGGCGGUCCCGCUCGAGGGAAGCGAAAAGCUGGUCCGUUUGAUCAGAAUCAAUAGUGCAGGUACGUCUGUACGGUUUGAUGUAAAGCCUGGAGACCACGGCUUUGACAAUAAUGUGCCAUUUGAGGAGGAGUGGCUUCAAGAAGCGCUGAAGCAGGUCGCUGUCGCAUGGCUGGCUUGACUCGGGCUGAAGUAUGUCUAGGGGCCCUUACUAAAUAAAUAAGACUCAGAC